GCCGAGGUAUCGCAGCUCUCGCUGACUUAUUUAAAAAGAUCUUUGGAGCAUAUAAAACGGCAGAACUGUGAAAGAUGUAAAGGGACCUGCACUCGGGCAACUCUGACUCAUUGGAGCUCAUCAAUCUACUACAUGUAGUACGGUAUCUUCGCUCUGACGCCUCCUGGGCUCGACCCUUUCUCACUGCAGACACAAUCUUCCUGACAACCAAUAAUACCUCUUGCGUUAGCUGCUAGCAGCCACGAUUAUCAGCAUGUUCCCAAAGGCAGCAAUAUCUCUCCUUCUCUUUUGCCAGUGUCAUGCACUGGCCCCACGUGCCAAUGUCGCCGAUGGAUCCACCCGAAGAAAUGUUCUACGAGAUCUCUUGAUGGGCGGAAUUGCCGCUACGACGGCACCUGCUGCUGCACAAGCCAUGGACUCACUUGAUGUUGAUUCCUACUUGAAAUCAGGUGGCGUGUCCAUGCCCAUGGGGGUAUCGGGACAAGGUGGAAAAAUGAGACCGGAAACAGGAGUCGUAUUACGAGAUGGAGCUGAACUGUCCCGAGAUUCUAGAAAUGGAAAUGUGGCCGCUGAAAUUGUACUCCAAGCCAACAAGGACGAAUUCGUACCCGUUCUCGCCACUUUCUCAUCGCCGUGGCCGUUGGCUUCCGGAUCCACUUAUGAUGUGGAAUGUCGCGACGGCAACACUGGCGAUGGUGUAUAUCUGGCCGUAAGCUCCAAUGUCAAAGGAAAGUCCAUUCUGCAACUCGACAAUCAAUUCUUUCAGGAACAACUCUUCUCGCCCACUGGAAGAUUCUCUUUUUAUGGUGCUCCCACGGACGUGAAAAUCAAAAAGUCCAAGGCACCCUCCGAUGACGAUGCGUACAAGACUAUGGACAUUGACUUUUCCAUUCUCUCUCAAUCCACCGGAGCCGAAGUACCACGCAAGGCACGAGUCGUUGCCACUAUUCCACCGGGAUCCUCGCAGGUUGUCAUGCUCGUUGCCAGUGCUUCCGCAGGUCGAUGGAGAAAGGGAUCGGACGAAAAAAUUGCAGGCAUCAUCGACUCCUUUCGAGCCGUUCUGGCCCCUCAAACGAAUCUACGGUUGAAGAGUCGCUCGUAGAUAGAUAGAUAGAUAGAUAGAUGGGAGGCAUUCUACCAAGAGGAGCUUGAAGCUCAAGAUGCUCGGUUCAUUAGAUAACUGUCAACAGUGUAUUAACACUUGUCUAUGCUAAGCUCAUUCCAUCUCGACAUCGUUGGCCAGUCUACCGGUACAGUACCGUACACU